ACCAGGCAGCAGCGGCACAGUAGCAGCAGCAAGUGCGGUGCAGUCGACCUGAGAGGAGCGGACUAGGUGCCUCCGCCGUCGUGAGGAAACACCGCACAGAUGAAGGGACCGUCGCGGAUCUAACUAUCACAUAUUCCUCCGUUUGAUUAUUGUCACAUAUCAAACAACACAUCUCCCUCCCCCCCGGGCACCGGGAUCGCGCCGUCGCUGUGGGUCUUUCAGUCGGAGGGCUUGCCUGUUUUCCUUCGGGAGGCUGAAUGGAAGCAGCAGCCGAGGGAGCGGUCGGGUUGUCGGAGGCCAGGGACGGGAGCCCGCUAUCCGGGGCCGCAGCAUCCGAUGAUGGGGACACGGUCGUUGGAGUUAGCUACGGGAUGGACGCCGCAGACAUGGAUGCUGCUGCUAAGAAAGCCUUCAUCACAGAGAUGCCGUCAUCCUCAGGCCUGCCUGGUCAGGGAAAGAAGAUUGGCCACAGAGGGGUGGAUGCAUCAGGGGAAACUACUUACAAGAAGACCACAUCCUCAGCCUUGAAAGGUGCCAUCCAGCUGGGCAUCGGUUACACAGUGGGCAACCUGAGCUCCAAGCCUGAGAGAGAUGUGUUGAUGCAGGACUUCUACGUGGUGGAGAGCAUCUUUUUCCCCAGUGAAGGCAGCAACCUCACUCCAGCCCACCAUUUCCCGGACUUCCGCUUUAAAACAUACGCCCCCGUGGCCUUUCGCUACUUCAGAGAACUGUUUGGCAUCAGGCCGGAUGACUACCUGUACUCCCUGUGUAAUGAGCCUCUGAUCGAGCUCUCCAAUCCUGGAGCUAGUGGCUCGGUCUUCUAUCUUACAAGGGACGACGAGUUCAUCAUCAAGACCGUGAUGCACAAGGAGGCUGAAUUCUUACAGAAACUGCUGCCUGGAUACUACAUGAACUUGAAUCAGAACCCUCGCACUUUGCUGCCCAAGUUUUUCGGCCUCUACUGUGUCCAGUCGGGCGGGAAGAACAUCCGUGUGGUGGUGAUGAACAACGUCCUUCCCCGCGUGGUUCGCAUGCACCUCAAGUAUGACCUGAAGGGUUCCACCUACAAGAGGCGAGCAUCCAAGAAGGAAAGAGAGAAGGCCAGGCCUACUUUCAAAGACCUGGACUUCAUGCAAGACCUGCAGGACGGACUGAUGCUGGACCAGGACACUUACAACGCGCUGGUCAAGACCCUACAGAGAGACUGCCUGGUGCUGGAAAGCUUUAAGAUCAUGGACUACAGUCUGCUGCUCGGGGUUCACAACAUGGACCAGGCGGAGAGGGAGAGGCAGAUGGAGGGCUCCCAGGGCAGCAGCGAUGAGAAGAGGCCCGUGGCCCAGCAGAAGGCCCUGUACUCCACAGCCAUGGAGUCCAUCCAGGGAGGAGCCGCCUGCGGAGGGUCCAUCGACACUGACGACACGAUGGGCGGUAUCCCAGCUGUGAAUGGAAAAGGGGAGAGACUUCUUCUCUACAUCGGAAUCAUCGACAUCCUGCAAUCCUACAGGCUAAUCAAGAAACUGGAGCACACGUGGAAGGCUUUGGUUCAUGACGGGGACACUGUAUCAGUUCACCGGCCAGGCUUCUAUGCCGACAGGUUCUUCAAGUUCAUGAGCAGCACAGUUUUCAAGAAGAGCUCCUCUCUGAAGUCAUCUCCAUCCAAGAAGGGUCGUGUGUCAUUGACGGUGCCUAAGUGUGCUGGUCCCGGUGCAGCCUGGUCAGCCAGCCAGCUGCCCUCUGAGAGAGACGAGAACAUCUACGACCUGAGAGGAGCUCGCAGCUUCCCAACACUGGAGGAUGAGGGGCGACCAGAUCUUCUUCCAUGUACUCCUCCAUCGUUUGAAGAGGCCACCACGGCGUCAAUUGCCACCACUCUCUCUUCCACCACCUCUCUGUCCAUCCCAGAGAGGUCCCCCUCUGACAGUGCCGAGCACCCCCGCUACAGGAGGCACACCCAGUCUCUCAGCCAUGACGGGAGGACCCAGGAGGAGCUGCGUGUGCGUGAGGAGGAUCAGCAGACCAUCACAGUGGAGGUGGAGUUGAAGAGACACGACAGUGAGCCCACCAUCUCCGUUCCACAGCCUUCACCUGAAACCAGUGAGGUUCAGGAAGUAGCUGGCGCCGAGGCUCCCGAUGCUGCUACAGCAGCACCUUCCUGCUCUUCGUCAGCACCUGAAGCAGCCUCCUUCUCCACAUCUGCCCCAGCUGCUCCGUCUUCUCCUGGGGCAGCCAAGGAAUCCCCAUCCAGUCCCAAGGUGGUGGUGGAGGCAGACCGGGCCAGCCAGGUGUCCGGCUCGGGGUGCACCAGCCAGGCUUCAGUUGAUGAUGAUGAUGAUGUGCCAAUCACAGAUAUCUACUUUUUUCCUGAUGGGAGGACCUGGGUGGUCUCUCCUCUCCGACAGAGGAGGAAAUGCCAGUCCAGUUGGCCACCUCCAGAGGACAGGACCUGGGUGUACUCUCCGCUACACUAUGGCUCAGAGUCUAAGGCCCUGCCAGAUGGGGAUUGGGAAAGAGAGACAUAAAAUCCUGUUCUCUGGCAGAGAGGAGCGAACGUCUCAGAGGAGAGGACUCAUCGGUCUGAAGUCCAGACCUCGCACGUGCAGUAGGAUCUCUGUCUGAACCAGGAUUUUAAACAUGCAUACAGAAACUGAACACACUGAGGGAAAAAGUGACUUGAGUACCAGAGAGGGGGGGAAAAUCCGUCAUCACUGAUUUCCAACCAUCCCUGCCUUUCAUCCUUGACAAAUGAAAAUUAUAUCAAUCUAAUAAUAAUGUGUAUGUUACAUACAGUAGUGCGUAUACGGCUGUAGUCCUAUAUGUUUGACAUACAUGAAGUAACUUACAGUGCCUAUGAAAAGUACCCCCCCUCCUCCCAGAAGUUCAUGUUUUAUUGUCUUACAACAUUGAAUCAAAGUAGAUGUAAUGUGACUUUUUUGACAAUGAUCAACAGAAAAAGACCCUUUAAUGUCACUAAUCAUAAAAUAAAACAUGAUAACUUCCAAGUGAGGUGAAUACUUUUUAUAGGUAUUGUACAGUGUGAUCUAGUUCACACAAGCACAGCCCUCUAACAGGCUCUACAGGCUUUCCCACUCACUCUGCAGAGCACCACACUGAAAUGUGCAUUGCUGCAUCGCUCACCCUCACCUGGCAUCCAGCUUUCUUUCAACAACUGAAAGAGAAACACAGGUUAGAUGAUUACCUCCAUGACAGCUGGCGACCUUUGGGUCAAGACUGACCUCGACUUUGCUGAUACGAUGCUGCUCCUCCUGCCCAGGUCUCCUCGCUCCCUGUGAUGUCCACCUGGGAGCAGGGAGGAAUGAGUGGUCAAGCCUGUGGUGUUGGAGGUGCUCUGCCUGUGCUCAUAGAACUGGAGUUACAAUGAUAACCACCGUUUGGUAAAAACAGAACAUCUAGACGUCUCUGUCAUCCUCACAUUUCCAGUAAUGAAUAUAUGCAGUGAUGAGAAGUUGUUUCAGUCAUAGCAUAAUAAUUUAUUGUUUAUAUCAAACGUGGGUUUUUUUUGGCAAGGUUUUUUUUUUCUGAACUUUUCUUCAACUGUUUUACUACUGUGAAGUUUUAUUUAUUUUGUCUGUUUGUAUUAUAUUCUAAUCUUCACUGUUACUGGUACUUUUUCACUCUGAAAUGCUUAAAUGUUUUGGGUUUUUUUGUCUGUUUUUUGCAUCCAAAGAACUUUAAUUUGCUUUUUAGUCAUUUCGCAGUUUGUUUUUUACAUCAUGUGUUUGGCGUGUAAAUUCAGUGUUACUACUUUUUUCACUACACCUCUUUUGGAAAUGCCUCAGGCUCAUGACUCUCGGCAUCAAUUGCAACACUAAGGCAGCAGACAUUGUCAGUCAUAGUAAUCUUCACAUCAUUACAAUGUCUUCCAGUGUUGCCCUAUUCUUGGACACAUGCACACAAAUCAUUUGUAACAAUAGAAUUUCAUAUUUUCUUUAGGUGUAAAAAUAAUCAGCAUAUCAGUGAAAUUUGCUGUAUCUGGUCGCCCUCACCUCCUCACAAUAAAAAAUCCAUUGACUGGACAUUUCAAAUGUUUGUAGAUGUAGAGCAUCAGUUGUAGUAUUUGGGGUCAAUAUCGUACCCGUUAUCUGUAUAUUUGAAUGAACACAGUACGUUGCAGUGUUGACUUGGUGAGACACGGCAGUUUGUAAAUGGGUUGAAUGUUGUUUGCACUUCUCAAGAGGACCUGAAGACGAACUAGUGAUAGAGGCCAAAUAAACAUACAUCACGUUAUCUUCGUUUCUGCUCACACAAGUUGAUAUUUAGACAGCAUUUAUGUUAGGGUUAUCAAGUGUGUGUGUGUUGGGUGUUGGUGACGUCAAUCACAGUCAUUGUAGGGUCAGCGUUUACUGUAGUCUCUCUGUGGCUGACAUCUUAGGACUCUCAAGUAACACUUAAGUUGAAUUUCAACAAACUGAUUUUUUUAUCUAACUUCAGAAACUUCAGUUGGUUGGUACGUUUCUAUGUGCGUUUGUGUGUAAGGGAGGAUGCAUCAGUGUAAAAUAGAAAUCAGCUCAUUGUCAUGAUGUGCAGUGGCCAGUUGUAAUCAGUUUGCUGUCGUUCAUCAGAUGGAGACCAUAGCAGCAAUAUUUUGUACAGUCUAGCUUUUAAGUUAAUUUUUAUUGCCUUAUUGAGAAAUUUUACAUGUAGGCCUAUUGUUUAUAUUUUUUUCACUUGUGCUGUUGUAUUUAUUUUUCUUUCUCAUAGUUGUGCUCCUGAGAAUGUGUACAUAAAAAUAUAAAUACAUAUAUAAAGAUAUGCAAAUAUAUUUUCCAUUUGAAUCGGAGAAUAUUAUUUUUAUUUGGUUUUAUUUUUGCUGCUGGGCAAGAAAUGAUUGCAAUCUAUAUAAUUUACUGUAACAUAUUCUUCAGUGUGUUUACUGAGAUGCAGCUGCUGUAUAUUUACGGUCCAUAAACCACAGCUGUUUCUUUGUAAGAUACCCAAAAUUGAAAGAUUUGUGGGUUUUCCUGUACAUGCAAAUCAAUAGGGAUUCUUCCAACUGUUCAGCUGUGUUGUGUAGGUGUUUUCAAAUCGCUGUGUGCCCUCAUCCAGUAGGGAGAGUCCUUUACAGAGACAUAGCAUGAUUUCAAAAUGAAUAUGCAUAUCAGAAAUGUGUAUUUAUGUAUAUCUGUGUAUAUUCAUCUAUUUAUACAUGAGGAUAAAUAGAUGGCUGUAUGUGUGUGUGUUUGGAUCAGAAUGAAUACAAAAUAAAGCAGUUCCAUGAA